AUGAGAUUCCAUUCUCUUCUUCCCGUUCUCCUCUUUAUGACUGUAAUAACAAAAGGAAAGACUGGUGUUAUCCCAGGAGAGAAGCAGUGUAUUGCAUUGAAAGGAGUAUGCAAAAACAUAUCAUGUACAACUACAGAAGAUACCAUUGGUAUAUGUAAUGAAACAAAAAAAUGUUGUAGAAAGUGGUGGAUAUUUGAACCCUAUCCAACACCAGUUCCAAAAGGAAAAUCUCCUUAG